UUCAAGAACGGCUGCCUUUGUGGAGCUCGGCCAGUAUCUGUGACGAGAAGACGAAGAAGAACGGCUGAAAGCAAGCCGUUUGUUUCCAGGAUGCGGUCGCAGACGGCCGCCCUGGACGACGAACAAUGGCUGCUGCACCAGGCCAUUCCACGCGCUCUUCCCGUUGGCCGAGAGCCGUUCAAGAGCUGUGUCACGUAUGGCGGUGCCCCCUGCGUCAUCUUCGUUAUAGUCCUCGUCGGAGUCUUCAUUGGUGCGCUUUCCUACGACCUUCACCGGAGCUCGAAAGCUGCCACUGCUGCAAUGGCCUUUCAGGAAGAUGAAGUCGCCGUCUUUUGUCACGUGAACACUGCACGGCUGCUGAAUGACUACCACUAUCCUAUUGAGCGGGUUCCUGGCAAAUACUGUACCCAUGUCAUCUUCCCGCUUCGAGGCGUAUUUGGCUGGACCAAUGAAACUCUCAACUUUAACGUCACGUUCGGUGCUAGGACGUCUUGGCUGGAUGGACCCGGAAAAGAGCUGACGAAAUACUACCCGCAUCUCAAGCAGUUAAUUGCUAUCGGAGAUGAGUCGCACUUUGGCAGACAGCUUACUCCGAAGGGAGCAGGAAACUUCACGCUGCAUACGGACUUUAUGACCGAUCUUGUCAAGUGGGUGACGGUGAAUAGAUUACACGGAGUUGUCCUGAAUAAGGUUUUCCCUACUGACCCUAAGCAACGAAGGCAGGUGCUCCGCUUUCUUGUCAAUAUGAAGGCUGUUAUGGACAGUCACUCUCUCCAGUUCGUCGUGACGGUGCCUUACUACGCUAAUGUGCUGCAUUUGGACAAAAAGGCCGGCAAGCUAACCCGCUUCUUUGACUACGUCGCUGUUGUGAUGCACGAGUUCGAUGAAGUCCACGCGUCUGAGCCCAUACUAACUCCUUUGUUCAAGAACCAAAAGAAAAACAGCGCAGAAGACAUGCUGGCAAGUGUCAUUGAGAAAGGUCCAACCCCGUCGAAGAUGCUUUUGACGAUCAACCUCGAUGGCUACGUCUGCACCUUAGACAAACCAUACGAGGAAAGCGCCAGUCUAACGUGGAACCACACGAAGGCUGUGACAGAGGUAUCCUAUGGAGAGAUUUGCAAAAUGCUCAAGGAACAAGCCGGUUGGACGGGCGGUAUUGAUGCGGACAGCGCGAGACCAUUUGUCUUCAAAGGACAUUAUUGGAUCGGCUACGAGAAUCAAGCGAGCAUCAGAAAGAUGUCGUCGUUGGUGGCCAAGCUAGGACUGGGUGGUGUCUUCAUUUGGGACACCACGAGUGAUGACUUCGAAGGAAACUGCGGUGCGCCCAAUGGUCUUGUACGAGAAGUUUUUAUGGAGGUCCGUGCAGGAAAUCAGUCCGCGGUGAACGCGAGCACAGAGGUUGCGAAUGCUACGGGAACCAACGGCAUGAGUGUUUCCGUGGCGCAAGCCGGGUGACCUAGGCGUAGCACAACGAAUGUGACUCUCCUAACAAAUUGGCCGACACGGUGAUGUAAUAGGCGAAGUAAAGCUUUCGGUGUAACAUA